UAAAUGCUUUCAGAAUUUAGGUCCCAUGUUAUAUGGAAACGGAAGUGUUUAGGCUGAAGUCUUUAACUUCCAAGUAAAAAAUUCUAUCAAUCACGUGAGGGGAUAAGAAAACAAAGAAAGAACCGGUAUAUCCUAUUCCAAGAUAGACUUUCUAAACAGAUCCUCACUAAAAGAAACCCGCUCCGCGUCCGCUCGGAAUAGCUCCAUUUUUUUUUUCACUGCCCCAACGCAACCAAAGGUCCAAAGCCGCCGCUGAAAAAAUGGAAGAAGAGCUCCGAACUGGUAAAAACGACACCGUUAACGACACUGACGACGAUGACCCACCAGUCCUGAGCUCUCGUGCACUAGCAGCUCUCAAAGAGUUCCUCGAAGAACAAAGCCAAUCUCUUGCUAACCAUGAAAGUCUAGAAACCGGAGGAGGUGGAGGCGGAACUGGAGCGGAGAGUGAUGUGGCGUUAGUAACAGAAGAUUGGAGGCUGAGCCAAUUCUGGUACGAUCCAGAAACAGCCAGGACCGUUGCCCAAGAAGUUCUUUCUCUUUGCAGCGACUCCAAUUAUAAAGUAGCUUGUAUUGCGUGCCCAACCCUCUAUGCCUAUCUUAAGAAAAUUGAUCCUAAUAUCUCUGUGCAACUUUUGGAGUAUGAUGAGCGUUUUGAGCAAUAUGGAAGUGAUUUUACAUUUUAUGACUACAACCAACCUGAAGACGUGCCAUUGGAACUAAAGCAUACUUACCAAGUUGUAGUUGCUGAUCCUCCUUACCUGAGUAAGGAGUGUUUGGAGAAAGUUGCUCAAACAAUAUCUUUUCUUGCACGGCCACAACAGUCUUACUUGCUUUUGCUUACAGGAGAGGUGCAGAGGGGUAGAGCUGCUGAGCUCUUGGGUUUGCAUCCCUGCAAUUUCCAGCCACGACACUCCACCAAACUUGGAAAUGAGUUUCGGCUGUUCACAAACUAUGACCCUGGAGAGCGAUUAGGAGGGUGGGAGCUAGAAAAAUAGGUGCCCUUUUCUCGCCACCAUUUACAUGGACCUUAGAUUGGAUUUUCUUCUGAAAAAGCUAGUGUUAAACCCAAUAUUAAUGUAGUUCAUACAACUUAAUUUGUAUUAAUUAUCAAGGCAUUUGCCAUGCUGUUUGCACUAUGUAACGCAUGAAAAGUUACCCGCUUUUCUCUUCAUUUUUCCCUCUCAGAAAAAAUGCAGAUAAGCAAUUUUUUUGCUCAAGUUCUGCUGUCAAAACCCUACACUGCCUUUCCUCCUCCCAAAAUAUUUUCCAAAUCCUGGAUUAUGUAUUCUGUCUGCUUUUUCAUUUUGUCUCAUGAUUUAAACACCUGUUUUCCAUCAUCUCAUAUGCUGUCCUUGUUCUCCACAGAUUAAUGUUGAGCUCCUUGUUGCUGCAAGGAAAUAGAGUGCUUAUCCUGGUUGUCUUUGAUACAUGUAGCACAUUUUUCAGCUUUCCCCUUUGGUUCUUUUAGGUUGCCCUUUUCUAUCUUUUUCCUUUAUUUUUCCCCUCCCAAUAGCUAAAUUCAGUCCUGUGGUUUGAACUUGUAAAUUAUUCUUGAUGGAAAAUUUUGUACCGAGAUCUUAUGUGUUUCAUUUAACAUUAAAUUAUGUCCUUUGUCUUUUUAUAGUAUGGUGUUUUUAGAAAAAAAAUUUAAUUAAAAUUAAAAAAAUUUUCCAAUUACAGAUCAGAUGUAAUUACUUUGAGAUGUUUUGAUUUAAUCAUAAUUGUUUCUUAAAAUUUUAAGCUUAUAGGAAAUGGUCCAACUAUUAUUUAAGUUUUAAAAUAUACUGCGUUUUAUUUAUAUUUUUAAUUUUUUUAAUUACUGAUAAUGCGAAAGGGAAAUUUUCAGAAAUAAAGAUAGUAAUACUUAAAUAAAGAAAAAAUUGGAAAU